AUGUCUCCCCAAAUAGCCGAUCGAACCGCCAAAUACCUAUGCAUAGUACUCCAUACACACAACGAACAAGACAGCUCAACUACCACAAUGGAAUCCGCAAGUUUUAACAACCCCAACACUCCACUUGAUGACGCCCCUCCUGCCGUCUGCGUCUUCGGCAUCGCAGAACUCCUAGAGAACAUCCUCCAAUAUCUCCCAUUCAAGCAACUCUUCUACCUCCGCCGCGUCAACAAGAUUUUUAGACUGGUUCUGACUGACUAUGAUCAUGCACCCCUUGCACGACAAGUGUUCUGUUCACCAAUCAAGAAACCACCAUUUGUGCCAGUGGAAGUCCAGGGCAAACUCGCUACAAUGCAGGAAAUGGAGAAAGUGAUGGAAGAGUGGCAACGCGGCCUUUGUUUGCCAGAGCACAUCCAGUGUCAAGUGGUAUUCUGCAAGCGGUGGAGGAUGAUGCAUAGGGUUGCGGAUCCAGCAUACAUCAACCCCAUUUUCAAGCGGCAAUGUCUUGGGAUUGAAGACGCCUUGGGGGAUACCAAACGCGCCACUGAUACCGGCCCUCCUGCUAAUAUCGAUCCCGCUGCUGAUGUCGACACCACUGGCUGGGGAGUGUCUUGGUACAUUCCUCCACCUCUGCCACUGCCACCUCCAGAACCGCAACCUCAGCAUCCAAAGGCUUGUUUGGAAAUUAUAGGCACCCGCGCUAUCUUCCUCACAUUGUCCAAAAACCACCUAGAAUCCUUCUUCUCGCUAGACCGAAACACCAGCCCAGAAGCUAGUUGGCGCAAAACGUAUCUAACGAAUCCUCCAGUCAAGCGGUUUGAAGCUUUCAGUAUUAUUCAGGGAGAUAUGGUCGAGGAUGACGAGGGGGUGACAUUGGAGAUGGUGGCGAGGCAUUUGGAGGAGGUUUUUGUGAGGGAGGAGGAGGGGAGAGGGGAUGAUUUGGUUGGGGUUGGGGCUGCAGUUGCAGUGAGGAGAUUUGAGAGAUUAAGGGUAGAGAUUGAGAGGGCGGCGGAUGAAGGGGGUGCGUAA